UUUUAACCAAAACAAUUUGAUUUUUAACUUAGAAUCAAAUCAAUUUUACAAAAUAAAAGAAAAUCUUAACAAAAAAUUCAAAAGAAACCUCACAAAAGCAAAUAAGAAGGAAAAAGAAAAUGAAAAACACUUUUCCACUUUUCCAUUUUAUCUAAAUUGCUAAAAGCGUGCGCCAAAGUGCUUUUUUUCGUUGUUGUUUUUUUUUACUAGACUAAAUGAAUGACUGCGUAAGUGUGUUUCGUGUCGUUUUGUUCGCUAUAUAGAUUACGCUACUUUUGGGUUUCUAUACAAAGAAAUGCUCCCCUCUUUGGCCCAACACUCCCCACUUUCAAACCAAAAAUAAAAAGAAAACAUCAACAUCAUCAAAAUACCAGACACUGUUCUUUUUCCUCUUGGUUUUGUCGUUAAAACCAGAAAAACAAAUAUUAAAAGAAUUUAAAAAUAAACUGCAGUUUUUAUAUAAAAAUACACAACAACAACAUUUUACAGCAGCAGCAACAGCAACAUUAAAAUUUGAAAAUAAAAACAAAAUCACACGCCAAAAAAAAAAACGCCAACAGAAAAACAAAAAUCGAAAAUAAAAUUUUAUGUUUUUACACAUUCAAAUUUAUAGAAAAUUUGAUUAAAAAUCUUAAAUAGCAAACCAGAAAAAUCUACAAUAUUUUAUAUUAAAAUAAGUGUUUGAAAUAAAAUGUGCCUUCAAAAUGUUUGAUAUAGUGUAAAAAAAAUUUAACAAAAAAAUAUCUAUUUUUAAAGAAAAUUUAUAGAAAUUAUUCUAAAUUUCAUUACAAAUCAUUAAUUACAUAUUAAUUUUGUGAAAUAAAAAUAAAAAUUAACAAAAUGAAGCUGUGGAAAACAAAAAAACCCAUCAGCUGUGUGUCGGGCAAAAGUGGAGCCCUUAAAAAUGAGGAUAAACAUGAGAUAAAUGGUGCCAACAUACAAAUGGGACCAAUGUUGUCGGUUGAUCGCGCCAUGAGUCCCGCACAAUCAGAAGACUCUGGUUUGGCACCAGAUCGUGGCACAACAUAUGCAACCAUAACAUUACCAAGAGAUAAUACCACAAAUAUGGGUAUAACAUUGGCAGAACGCAACGACCUUUCAUAUCCACCUGUUAUAGCGACGUUGAGUCCAUUGGGUCAUGCUGCUGAUUUUCUAGCGCCAGGAGAUCGCCUACAUCAGAUAGAUGGCAUCUCAACAAUUGGGUUAACAAAUCAACACAUUAUGAGCAUGCUGUGCGGUGGUGGCUCAGCAGAUGGUCCUGCCGUUGUUGAAAUUGAAUAUUCCCUGCCCGAAUACAUUUCCCAAAAUAGUCUUUGUGUUACAUCCAAAUUGGCUCAAAUAACGGUGGAACGAGAAAGUGGUUGUCUGGGUCUAACAUUGCGUGGAGGAGCUGAUUAUCCCCUAAUAGUUACACAUGUACGACCUCAUGGUCCUGUCUACAAAACGGGUCGAAUAAAACCGGGUGAUCGUUUAUUAAGAGUGGAUAAUGUUUCUCUUAUUGGAAAAACUUUGGCUGAGGCCCAACAGAUCAUUAAAUGUGGUGGCCAUAUAUCGGGCUAUACAAAUCUUACCAUUGAAUAUGAUGUUUCUGUGGUGCAAAGUGUGGAAUUUUCUAUGGGUCCUUUGUUAAUUGAAAUUGAGCGGCCCAUGAAUGAUAAAUUGGGUUUGGUUUUGUGUAACUAUACAUCAGCAGCUGGUCUGACUGAUCAUAGUAAAAUCGAUGAAGUGAGUCAAGCGGGCGUGUAUAUAGCGAGUAUUUUACCAGCCAGUAUAGCAGAUAGAUGCGGAGCUCUAACCGUUGGCGAUCAAGUACUUUCCAUAGAUGAUAUUAAUAUAGAAAAUUCUACCUACACUCCGGAUGAAGUAAUGACAAUACUGGACACCAGUUCGGGACGUGGCUAUACACAAAUGCAAAUUAUGCCAGCCCAUGCAUUGGCCAGGAGAGGUCACAACACUUUAAACAGUCCCAAAUACGGUUUCAACACUUUGGAAUCACGCAAAUCACGACAGCGUCAACGUUUUGUGCGCAAAAGUUCGCUGCCUUUAGAGUCGGCCAAUGCAGCUGCCUCCACCAGUGCAGCAAGUGCCGCCGGCAGUAGUGGCAGUGUUAGUGGCCCCAGCGGCAGCAGCAGUGUAAGCGGCAGUAGUUUGGGUAAUGCCAGCAAUAGCACUACAUCCGGUUUGCAUCAUUCAACCAGCAUGGGCAUUUGCCGUGCCGAAACAUUUCCGGUGUUAUUGGACUGCAGCAUGGGCAGCGGUUUGGUGCUGGGUCAACAGACACCCUGCGGUCGAGCAGUAACGAUUUCCAAAAUUUUACCCGACUCAGUGGCCGAUCGUUGUGGUUGCAUACAAAAGGGAGAUCGCAUAGUGGCCAUCAAUAAAAUGUAUAAUUUGGAGCAACAAACCAUGCGCCAGUUGUUGGGUGAUAUGGGCUCAAGACCUCCGCAUGCCCCAGCUAAUUGGUUGGAACUGGAAAUAGAAUUUGAUAUGCCAGACACUGUGGUGCCCUCUAGCGGUGUGUUUAACGUUAAAGUAUUACGAGCUGGCAAGGCUGGCUUGGGUUUGAGUGUUAAUGGCUCUAGUCAUGGUGGUUUUGUUAUAGCCGAUGUUAAGCCCGGUAGUCCAGCUCAUCGUACCGGUUCUCUACGUACCGGCGAUAUUCUUCUAGCUGUAGACAAUCAUCCAGUGCAACAUUUCAAUGUGGAUUCUCUGCUUAAGGAAGGUUCAAUGGGAGAUUUUUCCACGUUGACGGUGAAACGGGUUAUGUUACCGGAUUUCCUGUUUGAUGCCCAACAAAAAGUACCCAAUCAUAUUUACAGCAACUGCCCCAAUAGUCCCACCACAGAUCAUGAUCUAUACAGCAGUGCCUAUGCGGCCAAAUAUAAUGACUGUAUGUCCCUAAAAUCGAGCACACCACAACCUGAAUACUUUAGAGGUCCCACCUUGGAUGAUAGUACCCUUAAUUCCGUGCAAAUAAGGCAUCAUUUGGCGGCCCCCAAUUGGACCAGUAGUGGCACCAUGGGUCGUUCAUUUCAUAAUCAGAAUACUCAAAGUUUGACCACAGAAUUACCGGAUGAUGAGGCAAAUUAUAAUGAAUUUGGUGGCUACGAUUUGGAUAGAUAUGCCAGUGUUGACUGCACCACUUUACCGCCACCAAUGGAAAAUAAAGUCUAUGGCUCGGCUGCUAGUUCGAGUAGUAAAAGCAGUGGCACUAGUUUGCAUCAAAUUAUUUUCACAGUACGUUUAGAGCCCAAGGGAGGACUGCUGGGUAUAACCCUGGCCGGCAGUGAAGAUAUUUCAAAAGCCAUUACAAUAAGUGGUAUAGUUGAAGGAGGUAUUGCACAUAAAAACGGUCAAAUCCAAGUGGGUGAUCAACUUUUAGCCAUAAAUACCGAUUCCAUACAAGGAAUGCCUCUAUCGCAUGCCACAAACUUACUACAAAAUUUAGGAGAUAUAGUGGAUUUGAAGAUCUUAAGAUCCCAUGAUGUACAAAAUAAUUACGGAUCAGCAACAGAAACCAGCAAUAUGCCACAACCACAAGCCAUAUAUGCCAAAGUUCAGAGACGACCCAGAAGUCCCUCGGCAAAUACCGAUAAUGGUUCAGCAAGUGGUAAGGCGGAAAAACCGAGAGUGUUCCAUGUCACUUUAUUCAAAGAUAAAAUUUACGAUGAUUAUGGAUUUUCUGUAUCCGAUGGUCUGUAUGAGAGAGGGGUAUUUAUAAAUCGUAUAAGAACAGGAGGACCGGCUGAUAAAUGUGGCUUACUAAAGCCUUUUGACAGAAUAAUGCAGGUUAAUGAAAUGAAGACCCAAGAUUUUGACUGUUGCCUUACCGUGCCCCUAAUAGCUGCAGCGGGUGACAAAAUCGAAAUGAUUAUACAACGCACAGAAUAGUAAUAGUUUCCUCCUACUCCUCCAACCAACCCUCUCCCCAAACUGUUUUAGCAGUACGUGCCUUUUUUAAAACCAUUCACCUAAAUAUUCAAUAAACGAUCAAUAUCAAAAUCAUGAUCAGAUCAAUACUAUGAUAUUUUCUAACCAAAUAUACAAUUUUAAAUUAUUUUUAUACAAUUUACGAAAACACAAUUAGAAUUAACACUUUAAAUGCCAAAA